UUUUUAUAUAUUUUGCCUACUUCUUAGGGCGUCAAAAUAAAAAUGGACGAUGCUGGUAACAUAUUGAUAAGACGUUAUGCCAAAAGUAAUGUUUAUGUUAAAAGUACCGCCAGCAAUCAAAAUGAGGAAACGUCUAUAGGUGCCGAUAUCUUAAAACUACCAAAUCAGGCAUUAGAAAGUGAAAAAAUAGUCAAAUUAUUUGAUAUGAAAAAAUUUCAAUCAAAUGUUAAUCGCGAAUUGAGACGAGCCUAUCCAGAUCGACGUCGUUUGGAAACACAAUGUUUGUCAGCGGUAGCUUUUGUUAAAUCCGAAAGUGACAUAUUAGAAUGUCCCAUAUGGGUAUUGAUUGUGAAUGUUGUUGCAAUGGAUAUGCUUAAAUCUAAAUUGCCACCAGGUAAGUGAACACAAAGAACUAUGAAUAAUUCUA